UUCUAAUAAGAGAGGGGUAUACGGGAGAGAGGACGCGGCUCAUUGAAAUUACAGGCAGAGCUACUUUUCUGGAUCAGUUUGACUUCCAUGCCCUGUAGCGAACAUCAGACUUGGCUUCUAUCGCAUCCUAACAGAAACAGGGUGGCGCAAGGGGAUUCUAAAUUCUAUUUUCAUAUCUCUGUAUGGUUUGACAGGGUAGCCGACCAUAGGACGGAGGGACGCAGUACGGCUGUUUCAUUUGGUGGGAAUCGGAUUGUGAUGAUGCCUCCGAUGAGUCUGGGCGCUCAGCAGAAUUUAAAUUAGGUGUUCAGCAGCAGUUUGUUGUGGAGAAAAAGGACACGAUAAAAAAAUCAUCACUGGAGAAAAUAAGCAGACAUUUAAAUGAACGAACGACAAAAUGACUUUAUACAUUUCUCGUCAUAAAGUGCUCUACCCGUUCGGUAAUUGAGUGGAUAAAUCGCCAGUUUGCCGAGCAAAUCAACAGGUCGGCAGCGUAAAACGCAUUGGAAUCAAGGGCGCACACGCUGAAGGGAUGUAUCUUUCUAUUUUGUUUUUCCUCUGUUUAUGGGCUCAAGCCCUAACGCUGAGAAACUUGAACUACUCGGUGCCAGAGGAGCAAAAACAGAACACUAUAAUCGGUAAUCUCGCCAAAGAUGCUAACAUUGAAAUAAAUGUAACGGGCCAAAAAUCCAACUUCAGGGUGUUGGAGAAUUCUGCCCGGCAUCUCGUAGACGUGGACCCCACGAGCGGGCUGCUCAGGACUAAGCAGCGGAUUGACAGGGACACGUUGUGCCAACGAAACCCCAAGUGCCAGCUCUCCAUGGAGGUAUUUGCCAACGACGCAGAAAUCUUCAUGAUAAAAAUCGAAAUACAGGACAUAAAUGAUAAUUCCCCCACUUUUCCCAACGACGUGAUUGAUCUUGAGAUAGCUGAGAAUGCGGCUCCGGGCACUCGCUUCCCCCUGACCGCUGCGCACGACCUGGACUCUGGGGAGAACGCGCUGAAAACCUAUCAGAUCACGCGAGACGAUUAUAGCAUCUUUUCUUUGGAUGUAAAAUCAAGAGGGGACGGAACUAAAUUCCCAGAGCUGGUGAUUCAGAGGCCGUUAGACCGGGAGGAACGCAGCCACCAUACACUGAUUCUAACAGCCAUUGACGGAGGGGAAUAUCCCCGAUCCGGUACCAUGCAGAUUAAUGUAAAAGUUAUUGAUUCUAAUGAUAACAGCCCGGUGUUUGAGUUGCCUUCCUAUGUGGUUGAAGUCCCCGAGAACACCCCCACCGGAAGAGUAUUGAUAGAUUUAAAUGCCACAGAUCCCGACGAAGGCAGCAACGGGCAGAUAGUUUAUUCAUUUAGUGGCUACACGCCAGACCGGAUCAGAGAACUGUUCUCUAUAGACCCUGAAACAGGUGUCAUAAAGAUUCAGGGGAAAAUCGACUAUGAGGAAAACCCAAUUAUAGAGAUUGAUGUUCAGGCAAAAGACCAAGGGCCCAAUCCCAUUCCCGGCCAUUGUAAAGUCACUGUUAAAGUGUUGGACAGGAAUGACAACUGGCCGUCCAUCAACUUCGUGUCUGUGCGACAGGGGGCCAUCAGCGAAGCGGCCCCCCCAGGGACAGUCAUCGCCUUGGUGAGAGUCACAGACAAAGACUCGGGCAGGAACGGCCAGCUCCAGUGUCGGGUGCUGGGGAACGUGCCUUUCAAGCUGGAGGAGAACUACGACAACUUCUACACGGUGGAGACAGACAAGCCGCUGGACCGCGAGCUCCAGGACGAGUACAACAUCACCAUCCUGGCCAAGGACAAUGGCAACCCGCCGCUUAACUCCACCAAGUCAUUCACUGUCAAGAUCCUGGAUGAGAAUGACAACGCCCCCCACUUUACCAAACCCGUUUACGUCAUGCAGAUAUCGGAGAACAAUGUGCCGGGUGAGUACAUGGGCUCGGUUCUGGCCAUCGACCCCGACCUGGGUCUGAAUGGAACGGUGUCUUAUGUCCUGCUACCCUCCAAUGUCAGCAGUGACUCCAUUCAGACAUUUGUGGGGGUCACAGCCUCCACCGGUGCCAUCUAUGCACUGCGGGCCUUCAACUAUGAGCAGACCAAGUACUUUGACUUCAAGGUUCUGGCCAAAGACUCGGGUUCACCUCACUUGCAGAGCAACGCCACGGUGCGCGUGAACAUCUUGGACGUGAACGACAACGUCCCCGUGAUCGUGCUCCCACUCCUGCAAAACGACACGGCCGAGAUCCACGUCCCGCGUAACGUGGGCAUCGGCCACAUCGUGACGACGGUGCGCGCCGUGGACAACGACUCCGGCGAGAGCGGGCGCCUCACCUAUGAGAUCACAGAGGGCAACGAGGAGCACCUGUUCGAGAUCGACCCGGUGAGCGGUGAGGUGCGCACCUCCCACUCGCUCUGGGAGGAGGUGGCGCCUGUGGUGGAGCUGGUCAUCCGCGUCUCUGACCACGGCAAGCCGUCGCUCGCGGACAACGCCAAACUUAUCAUCAAGGCCUACUCGGGGGCGCUGCCCGAGGGCGAGCCGCGCAUCAACGCCGAGCGCCACGGCUGGGACAUGUCGCUGCCGCUCAUCGUGACGCUCAGCAUCAUCUCCAUCAUGCUGCUGGCCGCCAUGGUGACCAUCGUGGUCAAGUGCAAGCGCGAGAACAAGGAGAUCCGCACGUACAACUGCCGCAUCGCCGAGUACUCGCACCCGACGCUCGGCAAGAGCAAGAAGAAGAAGAUCAACAAGAACGACAUCAUGCUGGUGCAGAGCGAGGUGGAGGAGCGCGACGCCAUGAACGUCAUGAAUGUGGUGAGCAGCCCUUCGCUCGCCACCUCCCCCAUGUAUUUCGAUUACCAGACGCGGCUGCCCCUCAGCUCGCCGCGCUCCGAGGUCAUGUACCUCAAGCCGGCCGCCAACAACCUGCCAGUGCCGCAGGGGCCCGUCGGCUGCCACACCAGCUUCACAGGGCCCGUCACCAGCACCACCGAGACCCCCACUAACAGGAUGUCCAUCAUUCAGACAGACAAUUUCCCCGCUGAGCCCAAUUACAUGGGGAGCAGGCAGCAGUUUGUUCAAAGCAGCUCGACAUUCAAAGACCCCGAGCGGGCCAGCCUCCGGGACAGUGGCCAUGGCGACAGCGACCAGGCCGACAGCGACCAGGACACUAAUAAAGGCUCGUGCUGCGACAUGUCGGCCAAGGAGGCGCUCAAGCUGAAAGCAGCUGGCCCCAAAACACAGCUACUGGAGCAAGCUACUGAGGAGGAGUGCGUAAACUGCACGGACGAGUGCCGUGUGCUGGGUCACUCCGACCGGUGCUGGAUGCCCCAGUUCCCAGUGGGCGGUUCGCAGGCGGAGGGCUCCGACUACCGCACCAACGUCUUUGUCCCCGCCGGCAUGGAGUCCGUCGCCGUAGAGACGGAGACCUACGAGACCAUAAACCCCAACGGCAAGAAGACCUUCUGCACGUUCGGCAAGGAGCGGCGCGACCACACCAUCCUGGUGGCCAACGUCAAGCCCUACCUGAAGGCCAAGCGUGCGCUCAGCCCACUCCUCCAGGAGGUGCCCUCGGCCUCCUGCAGCCCCACCAAGGGCUGCUGCAUCACCUCCUCCCCGUCGUCCUCCUCCGCAGCAGCAUACAAGGUCCCGGGUGACGGAGCCGAGGGCCUGCCCAGCACCAGCCACCACCACCACCAGCUGUGCGGAGGUGGAGGGGGUCCCGAGGGACAGUACCUGUCGCCCAGCAAACACGGACGCGAGCAGCAGGGGGCCGCCUCAGACCCGGUGGCCAAGGUGCUGGCCGAGGCGAGGUCCAGGAUCAGCCAGGAGGUGGGGAUGGAGGAAGGGGUCGGCGUGGGCAUCAGCGUGGGGGUCGGGGGCGAGAGGGGCGGGCGGGACGGCGUGGACGCCGACCAGGUGGUGCGAGACAUCGACAAACUGCUGCAGGACUGUCGCACCAACGAGGCCACGCCCAUCAGGAAGUGAGGCUCACGUAAGGUCGCGGGGACGUUACGGAAGCCAUUUUCGUUUCCUUAAAAAAUAAAUAAAUACGAAAAAGCGAGGGUAUUGAUGGAAAAAUUGGGAGCAGAACGAGCCGAAUUUGAAUGAACAAAGUCUAAAAAGAGACAUAACUAUUUUCCCCAGUUAAAGACUCCACCAAAUGCACCCACCGCAAUGGGCUUGUGGGGUUCUCACCCCCCACUCCCCCGUCCCCCCAGCAGAGGACACAAAUUCGCCACUGCCUUGAAAAGGCUUUUAGGGGAGGAAAAAACCUGACAAGUUUCAGAGGAGGAGAGAAAAAAAACACGGAGAAAACACUUCAGGACUGGAGCAGUUUUUUUUGUGACUGUUUCGACUGAGGGGGACAUUCUCUGGACAGCACGCAGAGAUGCCUCUGACUCCGACGGCUCCUUUCGUUGCAAGCUUUUUCUUCAAGUGCCCACCAGCUCAGAACUGUUUCUCUGCCGUGAGUCUGUGUGUAUGUGUGUGUGUGUGAGAGAGAGAGAGAGCGAGAGACUGAGGAUCUGCAAAACUCCAUAAGAGACUGCUCGGCCGUAGCUCAUCAUGGGGGGCGGAGACUCUGACCACACCCCUUUGUAGACUGACAAUCGCAUCCAAGUGUGGAGGCGAUCCGACUACACACAUCAGGAGCUGCGCGGACCCAGAGACCGAAACACACACACCGAAACACACACACACACACAAACACACACACACACAAACACGCACACACACAAACAUGCACACACACAAACACACACAUUACUGUAAACUCACACUAUCUUUUUCUGACUUUGUAAUAUCUGUGUUUGAAGUGCAAAUGAUAUCUGGACACAGAAAACAGGCUGGGGUGGGACUUUUGGGGGGGAGGGGGGGUUAUGAGUUGGAGAUAUCUUCUGAGCAGUGGUGAAGGGGGGGUUGGGGGGGGGGGGCUGUUCAAACGAAAUGUAACCAUUUUUCAGCCAUCAUUUCUAGUCAUGUGUGUAAACUGUGUUUUCUCUGCCCUUCUCUGUGUGCAAAGCCUACAUAACAGAACAUUCCAGUCAGUCUUAAGUCUAUUGUGUGAAAGACAUCAUAACCAUGAGCUACUUGUUCUUCACGCACCAUGGCAGCGUAUCUGUCCAACAUUAAACGAAAGGCAAUCACAAUCCUGUAUAUUAGGGACAUAUUUCCUUGACUGUGAAAAGAUAUAUCUAUAUAUACAUAUAGAUAAAUAUAUAUAUAUAUGAACUUAUACUGUAUAGUGCCCAGAUAUUAACAAAAUAUUUAUACAUUUUGUAAAAAACAAAAGGAAAAAAAUCUAAAGAAAAAAGAAAAUCCAGCACACACGUACAAAACAGGAAGAUGACACUUUGGAGCAGAGGUGUGUUGUGGGAUUUGCAGUUAAUUGGUAAGCUAUUUAUUUAAGAAACUGCUGUGGACACUGCUGCCGCCUUCAUAACGGAAAAAAAGGAUUUUAAAAAACAACAAAAAAGGAAAUGUCCCUUCACAUGAUCACUUAUACACUAUAUCAUUCAAUGUGUAAAAUGUGUCCCAUUCAAUGUGUUUACAUCCAAAUAUGACAUAUUUUUUAUUGAUUUUACUGCAAUUUCUGUGCAUAUGAGCCAAAUUGUUACGUGUACAAGAGCUAUAUUGUGUAUUUUAUUAAAUUAAUAUAUAGUUGUGUUGCAAUAUA